AUGCCACGAACAAGGCGAACGAGGGCUCGUCCCAAGAUUGAGCCCAUCUAUACCGGUGUCUUUCCGAUGACGACAUCGCUGCUCAGGACCCCCGUCGCUCGAGAGUACAAGCUUCGAUCAGCUUCGCCGCUGUCUCCUCGAACCGUGCAAGCAUCGACUUUGGACAGUGAAAAUGUCGGACAGCAUGACAGGGGGUUGGCAGCGGGCGCACCGGCGGGAAGCCCUGCUCGAGUGGCAGGCAUGAAAGCGCGGCUGAUUUCCACCAGGGGGGAGAGGGAGGACAAAGACCAACAUGGGUAUUGCUCAGCACCUCUGACAGCCGAUUCAGCAAAGUCGGGUCUGUCCCUGCCGCGUAUCGAGACGCUGCUCUUUCACGACCAGCCGCCAAGGAGUGUCGAAGGAGACGGUCCGACGGUGCCGCGAACCGCUGGUGUGGGUGGGUACGGCGUCGGAGGGCACCAGAUGGCGACGGACCCGGAGCGCAGACAGUCACUCCCCGCCGUCACAGCGGACGACCGAAACCUUGGUUUCCAGCGAUACCGCGAGCUCCUUUGGCGACGAGGCUUUCUAGAGCUUGGCAACAUGGGCCAGGCGGACGUGCUCGUCGUGCCGCUCGAGCUCCGACGGUCGUCCCUCAUCAGCAGCGGCCGAAGUGGGCUGGAGCGGGAGGGAAGCUCGCCGGUGGAGGCCGGAGAACGACUCUUUGUCCGGGCCGUGAUUCAUUCCAAGGACCGGGCGCCCGUCGGCCUCAGCAGAGAGUUUGACCUGCAGACGCUCCGUGCGACGAUCCCGGCGCCGCUGUCGCCGCUGCGAUCACCCAACUUUGACCGCAGCACAUUGCUAUCGGUCGUCUCGCAGGGGAGGCCGUUGUCCCCAUCGCAUCGCUCACCCCUUUCGCCCCAAUCACCCCUCCCGUCCCCAGGGUUUCGCCGCUCGGGCGCUCGGCACAGGGGCUCGGUGACUGCGCUGGCGACGGCGUCUGAGAGGCAGCAUGGCGGGCCACUUGCCAUGCCGAUUCGUGCGUACCAUGCUCAGCCCCCAGAUCCGUCCGAGCUAACGACGACAGAUGUUCGGUACGCCCGGGCCAACCUGCCAGCACUCGCUGCCAUCAUGAUGUCCAACCAGGUUCGGCGUGGGGAUAGGAUUGACCUACCGAUGCCGCACCCGAAAGCAUGGAUGGAGACGGUCGCGUACGUGUACACGGGCGAGUCGUCGUUGCUGACGGAGCGGGUGAAAGGCAAUAUAGUGUACCUUGGUGGGAAGGUGUAA